AUCGCUUCCACAGCAACCCCAUCCCGCAAUUGUACAUUCACCUUGUCGUCGACGUAUUGAAAAGCAACAGUGCUAUGCUGACACCACCUUGAAGAUGCGGUGGAACCUAUGGAUAUUUGAGGCUUGGCUAGUCCAAAGACUUCUUGCGAGUUCGACUUUCCAUCGUGCUGUCCGUCGCGUCCACAAGAAGAUGCACGAAGUCCGGCAAGGCGAGAAGCUCUAUGAUCCCUCGGAAUUUGGAGGGACGCAGAUCGACAAGCCAGCUGGAACGGAUAUGCAGAAAUUUAUACGGUAUUAUAUGGAGGAGUUGAAAGAGCAAUUCCGAGGGACGACGAAGAAGUGAACAAUGAUACGACAUAGACGUUCUGUGCUGGUGUAUACGAGAAUCUGGAUAGAAGGGCCCUCCUGGAAGUAUGUGGGCUCUGUCAACGGCGUUUGGGGGGGGGUCAUGAUAUACGGCUUCAAGGAUACGGCACGGCAAUUCACCACUCAGCCAGGAUGGGGAAGCGAUGGAAAUGAAGAUGCUGCGAAGCGUUGUGCAUCGAGCUACAAUCUUCUCUAGGCACUACUAGUGUAACCUCGAUAUAAGGAUAUCGAAAUUGCC